AUGGCGCCCGCGCCCGCGCUGGCGGACGUCGCGGGGGAGGCGCGCGUGCGCGUGAUCGGCGCGCUCGGUGGACGGCUUCGAGCGCGCGCGGGAUGGGCGCUGACGCCGCCGAAGCGGAGCGACGAUGCCCGCGUGCGAGGACGCGUCGCGGAAAUCGCGUGGAACGGCGACACGGACGGGCUGCGGAAGGCGCUCGCGGUGCUGCGAGACCCUCUGAUCGUGCGCGGUGGGUGCGCGAGUUGGACGUCGUCUCGCGCGUGGACGGUGGAGGGGUUGGCUCGAACGCGCGGGGGGUGGAUGUGCGAGACGCGCGCGCCGCGGGACGCCGAGGAGGCGACGACGAGCGGUCGAACGUUCACGUACUGCGAAGAGUCGCACGAGGCGGUGCGACGUGGGGCGUUCGAAGCGCCGAGCGUGACGGUUCGGAUGCCGUUCGCGAUGGCGUUGGCGAGGGUGCUCGGGUACGGCGGCGGCGGCGGCGCGUACGUACAAGCCGAGCUCGAAGAGGACAUGAAGCGCGAGUGCGAGGGUGGGGCGAGCGACGCGUUCGACACUCUGGGGGAGGAAUCGCAGGCGAAACGAUUGUGGCUCUCGCUCGCGGGAUCGGUGACGCCGUUGCAUUACGACGCGUCGUGGAGCACGCUUGCGCAGGUAGGUUCGGGAUCAAAGCGCAUGUUGCUGUAUCAGCCGUUCGCGUUGGCGUCCAUGGCGCUGUAUCCAGAUUGGCAUCCCUUGCGCAGACGUGGGAGACGAUUUCCGAAGAGACAGCUCGCUUGGGAGGCAAUCGUGGAGCCCGGAGACGUGCUCAUCUUUCCUCCGCGUUUCGCUCAUUACACCGAGUCUGUUGCACGAGACGACGACGAGUGCAUCUCCAUGUCGGUGACGCAACGUUUCAGGAGAGAGAAACAGCCUAGAGAUGAUGAGGCGGCGAGUAAUGAUGACGUGGCGAGUAAGUUUCGUCGAUGGACAGAUCAUCGAGACAGACCCAAUUCGUUAUCGCGACUUAUCCUGCUCGGACUCGUUGACUCGCACGCCGGCGACAUCAUGGAUCGCGACGCGAGAACAGGUGAGGUCGCGCCAAUCGAUGUUUCGGGCUGGCAAAGCUCGAUGAAUGAUGAAUGGCGGAUCGCCACCGAGGAGUGCGCUUUCAUCGUGCGAGAGUGCGUGGGUGAUGAGAACUUGCUUGGUAUUUAUUGUCGGGGUUCUGUGGCGCGAGGUAGAGCGCGAGCAAAAAUUUCAGAUGUCGAUUUGAUCGUCAUUGCUCGAGCAAACGUAAACGAAGAUAGUAUUCGGGAUCAAAUUAGCGAGCGUUGGCUGCCUCGAUUCUCUCACUUUAUCAGAAAGAGCGAUCUUCAGUUCGAGUACGCGUCGUCGGAGACCGAAGUGAGUGAUCCAGCUUUGAGGUUUGUACUGGCGACGCAGAGUGUGACCGUCUUUGGCUCACCCCUUCCCGAUAGUCUUCCAUCGAGCGCAAGAGUCCCCACAGUGCAGGUUUUGAACGAUAUCCACGACGAUAUCUCGCAUGCGCUCGCUCAUGGGUCGGAACGUGCUAUCGUGUGGGUGCUGAAGCGUCUCAUCAGAGCAUCGUUUGAGAAGCACGCGCUCCAUCAUGCCAGCGGAUAUACAAGAGACUUGUUUCAUUGCGUACAGUUUGCUUCUGUGCACGCGGACGACGAUAUUCUUAGCGAUUUAGCCACGGCGCUAGUGGUCUGCAUCCACUCGCCGCGAAUCAUUUAUGGUGAGUUUCUUUGGAGGGGUCUUUCAGAGGCGCUCGUUCGACGCCUGGAGACAUGUUUGUUGUAA